CAACGCGGAAGUGAACCAGCACCGUAAAAGCAAAAAUGGCAGCUCACAGGUGCAGCUACUCGGCUAUGCUGCUCAUUCUUUGCAGUUUGUCGGUUUUUAUCAUCGCAGACAGCCAAGACUCGACACUACCUGGUGGUCACCAUGCCGCCGCGGUUGAUAAUCCGCAAACGGCCACAGAGACAGCGGGACAAACGGCCGAGCAGCCCGCGGUGGAGGAGAGGCGGUGGGCAGCCACUGAGGUUGAAGAUGAUGCUGCAACCGACGAACAGGACACUUCUGGUCCUGAACCCGCGGUCACCUCCUCGGUACCUCAACAUAAAGACGAUUUCCAGGAGGAGCUGGUCAUCAGACCGCUGCACUCAGGAGAUAUUUACGCCAGCUUCCAGUUCCGCACCCUGUGGGAGACUGACUUCAUGAGGGGAAACAAAGUGUCCCACUACCGGCUCUUUCCCAAGUCCCUGGGCCAGGUCAUCUCCAAGUUCUCAGUACGAGAGCUGCACAUCUCCUUCACACAGGGCUACUGGAGGACCAUGCAGUGGGGGCAGCCCUUUCUGCCGUCCCCUCCUGGUGCUGAACUCUGGGUCUGGUUCCAGGACUCUGUAACAGAUGUGGAUGGCACGUGGAAGGAGCUGACAAAUGUUUUGUCGGGGAUCUUCUGCGCUUCACUGAACUUCAUUGACUCCACCAACACUGUUCAGCCCAGUGCAUCCUUCAAACCGCUGGGUAUCAGCAACGUGACGGAUCACCGCUUCCUUCGCUAUGCCACCCUCCCACGAGAGAUUGUUUGCACUGAGAAUUUGACGCCCUGGAAGAAACUCUUGCCAUGUGGAUCCAAGGCGGGUCUCGCUGUGCUGUUGAAGUCAGAGAAACUCUUCCACAGUAGUUUUCAUUCUCAGGCAGUGCACAUAAGACCCGUGUGUCAGGACUGGCAGUGCAAAACCACAUCCUGGGAGCUGAGACAGACACUGAACGUGGUCUUUGACCUGCACACCCCCGGUCAGGGCAAACGAGAGUGGUCUCUGUUCAAGAUGUUCUCUCGGACCCUGACAGAAGCUUGUCCACUGGCCUCCUCCAGUAAAAUCUACAUCGACAUCACAGACAACCCUCAGGGGGAGCAGUUUGAGCUGAGCCCGGCCACUCCCCUGCUGAGCCAGGCAGUGGUGCUCGGGGACAGACGAACCUUCUCUGUCUACGAUCUGACCCAACAAGUCACCUUUGGCACCGUGCGCUCGCUCAACCUGCUGAUACGCUGGAAAUCCAGUGAGGGUGACAUGCUGCGUCCCCUGCUCCACGCUGAGCGCUAUGUGGCUGGCUACGGGCUGCAGACAGGAGAGAUUCACACGCUCAUGUACAACAACCACCCCUACAGGUCUUUCCCCGUGCUGCUGCUGGACUCGGUGCCUUGGUACCUCCGUCUCUACAUCCACACCCUCACUGUGACCAGCAAGGCGAAGGACAACAAGCCCAGCUACAUCCACUACCAGCCGUCUAAGGACCGUGUGAGGCCCCACCUGCUGGAGAUGCUGGUCCAGCUGCCUCCCAACUCUGUCACCGAGGUCACAGUGCAGUUUGAGAGGGCUCUGCUCAAGUGGACCGAAUACACCCCUGAUCCCAACCACGGCUUCUAUGUCGGGUCUUCAGUAAUCAGCUCUCUUGUACCAAGCAUUGUCGCCAUGGAUACAAACAGCACUCAAGAACGGCCACUUUUCAGCAGCUUUUUUCCCUGUAAAGAAGAAUCCACCUACUUUGUGCGAGUCUACACAGAGCCUCUGCUGGUCAACCUGCCAACCCCAGACUUCAGCAUGCCUUACAAUGUCAUCUGCCUGACCUGCACUGUGGUGGCUGUGGGCUACGGCUCCCUCUACAACCUACUGACCCGCAGCUUCCAGAUAGAAGAGCCCAGCCCGGGACUGGCCAAGCGGAUAGCCAACAUCAUCCGCAAGAUGAGGGGCGUGCCACCACUCUGAGGCUGGACACACAUGCCAACUGGCUCCACUUAUAGAAAGGAAGCUUUUCUUUUGGUGAAACCACUGGUAAACAUGUGAUAUUCAGGGAAGAACUGAGUCAAGCACUGGUAUGAAUGUUUUUUUUGAAACGGUCAACUUGAAGGUUUUGUUUUCAGAUGGAAGAAGACACAUUGUUCUUUUGAACACAAAUGCAUUCAGGAUCCUCUCCUGCUGGUGAAGGGUGAGAAAUAUGGAAAUGUCUCUACUUGGAUGUAAAGAAAAGGACCAGAUCUGUGCAGCGUGUUGCUAUGGUAACUGCAUCAGAGUUUUGAUUGUUUUUGUUUUUUAUAUUUGAGGCCAUAACUCCACAACAUCAUGAUGCAGCCACAGUGUCUCUGAGACACUUUGUUACUUUGUUAAUGAUGUUUCUACAGAUAUGAGACUGAUGGUCUUACACAGCAUUACAAAAGGAUAGCAAAAGGAUAAUCUCCUGAUCGGUUAGGACAGGUUGUCAAAUAACUCUAAAAAUACAGUGUUUCCCAUGUCCAACCAGAACACAGCAGCAAAGUCUAACUGUGGGACAUCCAGUGGUAUGUCCUCUAUUUAUACAGUUCCUAAUUUAUUUGUCUUAUCUGACACAUGCUCUGUAGUAGUUUUAAUAUAUGAGAAAAGAAAACUCAUAAAAAUACCAAA